UGUCCAUGAAGAGUGAAGCAUCGAUGAAUCGUCCAUUUAACUUUAAAGGCAGUUCUACUGAUCCGAGACCACAGAAGAAGAAAUCAGACAGGAGCAAACAUCUGGAAACAAUAUUUAAGGAACUGGAACACAAAGUCAUCACACUGAUAAAGAAGGAGCUGAAGAGGUUUAGGGAACUCCUGAAUCCAGAUUACCCAGCAUGCACUGAGAGGGAGGAUGAGGAGGAUCUGCACAGUGUCAGAGAGGGAGCGAUGAAGAUCACACUGCACGUCCUGAAGAACAUGAAGCACAAAGAUCUCGCUAACACACUGUACAACAAGCAGAACAGAGUCUCAGUGUGCCAAAACCUCAAAUCCAGCCUGAGAGAGAAGUUUAAAAGAGUUAAUGAAGGAAUCUCACAGCAUGGAAGUUCAGCACUUCUGAAUGAGAUCUACACAGAGCUCUACAUCACAGAGGGAGGGAGUGGAGAUGUUAAUAAAGAACAUGAGGUGAGACAGAUUGAGACACUGUCCAGGAGACCAGCAACACAGGAGAAACCCAUCAAAUGUAAUGAUCUCUUUAAAGACAAGUCCAUCAGAAGUGUGCUGACUAAAGGAGUUGCUGGAAUUGGAAAAACAGUCUCUGUGCAGAAGUUCAUUCUGGACUGGGCUGAAGGAAAAGCAAAUCAGGACGUCACCUUCAUGUUUCCACUUCCCUUUAGAGAGCUGAAUCUGAUGAAGCAGAAACAUCUCAGUCUGAUGGAUCUUCUUCAUCACUUUUUCCCAGAAAUAAGAAAACUAGAAUUAAUAGACUGUGACUCCUACAAAGUGGUGUUGAUCUUUGAUGGUCUGGAUGAGUGUCGACUUCCUCUAAAUUUCCAGAACAAUGAGAUACUGAGUGAUGUAACAGAAUCAGCCUCAGUGGAUGUGCUGCUGACGAACCUCAUCAAGGGGAAUCUGCUUCCCUCUGCCCACCUCUGGAUCACCUCUCGACCAGGAGCAGCCAAUCAGAUCCCUCCUGAGUGUGUAGACCAGGUAACAGAGGUACGAGGGUUCAGUGAUCCUCAGAAAGAGGAGUACUUCAGGAAGAAGAUCAGUGAUCAGAGCCUGUUCAAUAAAAUCAUCACACACAUGAAGUCUUCCAGAAGCCUCCACAUCAUGUGCCACAUCCCAGUCUUCUGCUGGAUCUCAGCCACUGUUCUAGAGAGAAUGUUGGGUGAAGCAGAGAGUGGAGAGAUCCCCAAGACUCUGACUCAAAUGUUCACACACUUCCUGAUCUUUCAGAUCAAACACAAGGACCAAAAGUACCAUCAGAAAUGUGACCCUGAUCCUCAGCAGACCAGAGAGAACAUCCUGGCACUGGGAAAACUGGCUUUCCACCAGCUGGAGAAAGGAAACCUGAUCUUCUAUGAGGAAGACCUGAGAGAGUGUGGCAUUGAUGUGAGAGAAGCUUCAGUGUACUCAGGAGUGUGUACUCAGAUCUUCAGAGAGGAGUUUGGGCUUCACCUGGGGAAGGUGUUCAGCUUUGUACAUCUGAGUGUUCAGGAGUUUCUGGCUGCUUUAUACACAUUUCUCUCCUCCAUCUGUCACAAAAAAAAUGUGUUACUGGAGCAGAACACUAACAUUUUCAGUUACUUCAGAAAUCCAAACAUGUCUGAGUUCCUCAGGAGUGCAGUGGAGAAGACCUUACAGAGUGAGAAUGGACACCUGGACCUGUUCCUCCGCUUCCUUCUGGGUCUCUCACUGGAGUCCAAUCAGACUCUCUUACGAGGUUUAAUGCCACAGACAGGAAGUAGCUCUCACAGCAAACAGGAAACAGUCGAGUACAUCAAGGAGAAGAUCAGAGAGAAUCCAUCUCCAGAGAAAUCCAUCAAUCUGUUCCACUGUCUGAAUGAACUGAAUGAUGUUUCUCUGGAGCAGGAAGUACAAACUUAUCUGAACAGUGAAGGUAACAGUCGUCUUAGUGGAUCCAGACUCUCUCCUGCUCAGUGGUCUGCUCUGGUGUUUGUGUUACUGAACUCAGAACAGGAGCUGGAUGUGUUUGAUUUGUGGAAAUAUGAUCGAUCAGAUGAAUGUCUUCUGAAGCUGCUGCCGGUGGUCAAAGCCUCCAGAAAAGCUGAUCUGUGUGAGUGUAAUCUGACAGAGGAAAGCUGUAGAACUCUGUCCUCAGUUCUCAGCUCAAACUCCUCCAGACUGAGAGAACUGAACCUGAGUCACAAUAACCUGCAGGAUUCAGGAGUGACGCUGCUCUCUGCUGGACUGGAGACUCCACACUGUACACUGGAGAUACUGAGGAUGAGUAACUGCAGGAUUACAGAUGCAGGAUGUUCUGCUCUGGCUUCAGCUCUGAGGGUAAAUUCAUCAUCACACCUCAGAGAACUGAAUCUGUCCUUUAAUGAAGCAGGAAAAUCAGGAGUGAAGCUGCUCAAUGAUCUACUGAAGGAUCCACACUGUAACCUGAAGAAGCUGUACAUUCAUGUGUAACACUUUGCUCCAUCCACCAACACCAACUGAACUCCUCAAACCUCAGGUUCUCCUAGAACUCCUCAAACCUCAGGUUCUUCUAGAACUCCCUCAAGCUCCAGUUAGUGUACAGUACAGUCACCUCCAGCUCAUGACAGUAAAUCAGAUUUUUGUAUUCAGCAGAGGUACAAAUACUUCAUUACUCUACUUAACCUGUUAGCCUUCACCACAGCUCUUGGGACUCCCAGCUAAAAUGCCCUCCCUAACGUUAAACAUUAACAGUUCCUGAUAAAAGUGGACCACAUUCACAAUUUAAUUUAAAAUGUUAUGAUUUUCAUGAAAAAUAAGAUUCCUACAAACAUUUAUCUGAGACUAUGUCUGAUAAUAAGAAUAAUGAUAAA